AUGAGUCGAAGCAGCAGACGCCAGCUAGACCCGCACGAGGACGAGCCCAAGGACGGCUACGACGUCGAGGCCGACGACGAGGUCGACGACGACGAGGAGGUGACGCGGUGUGUGUGUGGCCAGGACGAGUUGGACGCGCUGGCCAUCGACGCCGGCGUCGCCGACACCUUGAAGCACUACGGGGUCAAAAUCGACCACGGCCUCUUCAUCCAGUGUGACAAGUGCCUGGUGUGGCAGCACGGCUACUGCGUGGGCUUGUUCACCAACGACGACGUCCCCGACAAGUACUGGUGCGAGCAGUGCAAGCCCGACUUGCACCACUUGGUGAUCGUCGACGGCGACGUCGUCCGCACCCUCUAUCGCCCCACCAACCGCUCCCGGACCAAGUUGUUUAGCGACGACCGCGAGGCGCCGGCGCCCAAAGGGCGGGCGCGGCGCCGGGGCGACCCGCCGCUGCCGUCGGCACCGAAGCGCAAGCGCCACUACGAGGACUACGACGAACAGCUCCAGCGGGCGCUUCGGGAAAGCGCCCAGGAGCUGGGGGUGGCCGCCGGCGAUGACGACCACGACGACCACGACGACGACGCCAACACCCCGCGCACGCGAACGCCCCACCAGAAAACCCCGAGCCCCCACGACAAGCUGGCGCUGCCGGCGGGCGAGGUCAAGGAAGAGAACGGCGACCCGUCGCCGCGGGAAGAAACCGAGGACGGCGGCGACGCGCUGGGGUCAGCGACCAGCGGCCGCCGGCUAAAGAAACUGCGCCCUCGAGCGAAGAAGAGCAAGACGCCGCCGCAAGAGCUGGCCGCCACCCAAACGAAGAAGGAGCUGUCGCAGGCGCCACAGAUCUCGCGGGCCGAGCUUCUCGCGCAGCCGUCACGCCCGCGCUUCGUCGCCGAGGCGCUGUCGAUCUACGAGCUCCGUAAGCGCACCGGCGCCAUCCUCGAGUGGCUUGGCCGGUCGCAGAUGGAGCUCGAAGAAGAGCGCCAGCUCAAGAUCGCCCUCUUCAAUUAUAAGGAGACCACCGACGACGACAGUGAUGACCCCAGCGCCAAGGUCAUCCGCGACUUUAAUGAUAACCUAAAGCUGAUGGAGCGGCUCACGGAGAGAAUCUUGCUGUGGGAACAGAAGUUCGGCAAGUAUGCUCCGUGA